AUGUCAGACGAAUGCCUCGUUCUUGCUGUGUUCUUCGCUGUAGUGGCCGCUCUCUACAUAAUCGUAGCAAGGACCAUUGCGGCUGAGAAGAGGGCAUCGACCUUUCUGGAGGAGCAAGCAGACAAAAUGGAUGAAGAAGAAUUGGAAGACUUUGGAUUGGAUCCGACGGACCUGCAAUCGCAUAUCUUCCGUAUUCGCCUGCUGAAGGACUUGUUCUCAUCUGCAACAGUCUCGACAUCAUUUGGAGUUGUCAUCGGCAAAGCUUCAUGGAUGCAAUUUCUCGUGAUGGCCGUCGUCGAGGCGAGUUGUCUCUAUGCCUGGUGCUGCCAUACGGAUGUUUUUGCCUGCGACGAGCUCAUCGGUGUGGAACUUCUCAAUGCCGUGGAUAUCGGUGGUUCGAUUUUCAUGCGCACGUUCGGCGCCUAUUCCGGCCUCGCGGUAUCACGCGUGAUCUACGGGAAAUACCGGCAGCAACUAGCGGUUUGGGAAGAUUCGAACAGAGGUAGCAAUCCGUUCACCAUGAUCGAUAAUAAUAGUCGCUUGUUUGUUUUGCAUUCAGGUACUCCGUUUCUGUGGAUGUAUCGGCCCUCUUUCAAUGCCAUAGGCGCGCAAGACGACGCUCGACAUAGGGCCGUGCUCAAUAUGUACCUAUGUCUGUAUUUUCGCUCUCAUCGUAUCAAUCAUGAAAUCGAUGACAACGGGAAACUUCCGAUGGUCAACCUACAGAAUGCGACCUUGACUGGUGGGGUCGCGGUCGGGGCUUUGCCUGACAUGCCGCUCUUCCCGACCUUGGCCCUGGGAAUAGGAACCUUCGCUGGAACGACCUCUGUGCUCGGAUACACGAUCCGAUCUGCGAAGACCAUACGCAGCGCUCAUGGGUCACUCCGUUCCAAUUUGGUCGGGAACGACACACGUCCUUAG